AUGGUUAAAGAACAAGGGUUAAAUAUCACUAAUGUUUAUAAUAGAGAUAUUUAUAAUAAUGCUGAAAAUAAUACAAUCGAUGAAAGUAAAGAUUAUUCAAGAUGGAAAAUAAUAUAUCCAAAUUAUAUUAAUAAAAAAAAAAAAGUAAAUGAAGGAAGACGAAUUAAUUUAAAAUAUUGUGUAAGCGAUCCAACCGUUGAUGAAAUUGCACUUGCUUGUAAAGAGUUAAAUGUUUCUUAUGUUAUAGAGAAAAAGAAAUAUUAUCCAAAGGAUUGGUUAAUAGAAGGAAGAAUAAGGAUCAAAUUACCAAAUCAAAAUAACGAUAUUCUAAAUAAAUAUGAAUUAAUGAAAAAAAUUGGGUUGAAAUUACAAACUAUAAAGGUAAAUGUGGAAUCAAAUGUAGUUAUAAAUACGAAUAAUGUUUCCAAAAAAAAGAAGAAAAAAAAAAACAAGGAAUAA